AUGUGCUUCCGGACAAAUCCCCCGGUGUUGAUGUUGCUGCUACCGCUCUGUCUCCUCAGCCUUGUUUCCUCUGCUGAAACGAACAAAGACCUCACUCAGGAUACUAGCAGAACUGGGAGUCAAGGCCUACUAGAAGUCUUGAGGGUCCUCUCUGCCGGUGACCACCAGUCCCUCAACCAUCCACGAAGCCUCAUCAAAAUUCUGGUCGAGAAGACUGGGUGUCCACAGAGGACACAUGGAAUGCAAAGAGACUGCAAGCUGUGUUUGGAACCAGAUGUGCUGUUACUCACAGCUGGUGGAGGUUUCGAGGAUGAACUUAGAGAGGAGGUGGUCCAGAGAGUUUCUCUCCUCCUCCUCUAUUACAUCAUUCACCAGGAAGAGAUCUGUUCUUCAAAGCUCAACAUGAGCAACAAAGAGUAUGAAUUUUACCUGCAUAGCCUGCUGGGCCUCAGGCAGGAUGAAGACUCCUAUUUCCUUUCACAGAAGGAGACUGAUGACAUCUUGGCUCUUACCAGGAUGUACUUUGGCACGUCUGGUAGCCAGUGUGUGGAAACUAAGACCCUACAGAGGACAUCUGGCAUUCAGGACAGCAACGGUGCUGAUGAAAAGACGCUUCCUCAGCUGGCCGCAACCAUCCUUGCCCUGUCGCUCCAAGGUGUUUGCCUGGGGAGAGGAGACCUGCCUUCCCCAGAUGACUUCACAGACUAUAUUUUCAGUUUUUUGAAUAGUUCCAAUUCCCUCCCCCUCUCUGGACUAGAUCAACUCCUCAACAUACUCUUUACCAGAGGGGCCUGUGCCAAAAAGGAUUCACCCCAUCAACACCAAAGGAAACAAAACAUGACAAUAUAUAGUUGGGGAGACCCUAAGACACCUACAGCGACGGAGAAAGAUUCCGAUGAUCCUUCUGUUUCCUGGGAUCAGGCUUGCUUCUCUGCUAGGCAGCUGGUGGAGAUCUUUCUACAGAACCAUAGUAGUCCUUCCAUUUCUAAGGAGGACUUUAAGAAGCUAAGUCCAGGGAUCAUCCAGCAACUACUCAGCUGCUCUUGCCAAAUGCCCAAGGACCAGCAAGCAAAGCUCCCACCCACCACUCUGGAGAAGUACGGCUACAGCACGGUGGCUGUGACAUUCCUGACGUUGGGGUCUAUGCUUGGGACGGCACUGGUCCUUUUCCACAGCUGUGAGGAGAACUACAGUCUUAUUUUACAGCUCUUCGUGGGCUUGGCUGUGGGAACUCUCUCUGGGGAUGCCCUGCUCCACCUCAUCCCUCAGGUUCUUGGUUUACAUAAGCAGGAAGCCUCAGAACUUGGACAUUUCCAUGAUAGCCAGAGUCCUAUUUGGAAGCUGUUAGGAUUGCUUGGAGGCAUCCACGGAUUUUUCAUAAUAGAAAAAUGUUUUAUCCUUCUUGUACCACCAAAUACCAAGGACCUGCCAUUGGUAAAUGGACACGUGGGACAUGCCCACCACCUUGCACUCAACCCUGAAUUAGAUGACCGGUCAGGUGGAGGCAAGUCUGUUUCGACCAUCCAACUGAAAGGCCCAGAAGAUUCACAGACAGCUGAGCUACCCAUUGGCGAUGUGUUAACCUCCAACAGAAAAUGCAAAACUAUCAGCUUAUUGGCAAUCAUGAUACUGGUUGGGGAUAGCCUGCACAAUUUUGCAGAUGGCCUAGUAAUAGGGACAGCCUUCUCAUCUUCACUGGAGUCAGGAGUGACCACAACGAUUGCUAUUUUGUGCCAUGAAAUUCCACAUGAAAUGGGAGACUUCGCUGUGCUCUUAAGUUCGGGACUCUCCAUCAGGACUGCCAUCCUGAUGAAUUUUAUAAGUGCCCUGACUGCCUACAUAGGACUCUACAUUGGUCUCUCAGUGUCCGCUGAUCCACAUGUCCAAGACUGGAUCUUAACAGUGACUGCUGGAAUGUUCUUAUAUUUAUCCUUGGUGGAGAUGCUGCCUGAAAUGACUCAUGUUCAAACACAACGACCCUGGAUGACGUUUCUCCUGCAGAACAUUGGAUUGAUCCUAGGCUGGCUUUCUCUUUUGCUCUUAGCUGUAUAUGAACAGAAUAUUAGAAUAUAAGUUAAGAUUCUCCAAUAUCUUACAAAAUGAAUUUAUCCAGUCCUAUCUCAUUUCUUCCAUGUACUCUAUGCUGAUCACUAAAUUUGGUAUUUUUAUUUUAGGCAAAGAAUCUGUCUUUUAUCUUAACUUGCUGAUUAUCUAUUGUAAUUUUUUAGAAUUAUAUAAAGGUUGAGUCUGUCUUGCAUUGAAAUGUUUAAUUUUGUUUCUGACACUGUGGUGGACCACAGUAAUGGUUAAUGUUAGUAAAUUCUGAAUUCUAGUCAACUGCAAAGAUAUUAUUUCUCUAAGAAGAAUGUUUAUUUGUUGUAUUUGAAGCAUACAGGUGCCCUUUGGGAUAAAAAUCAGCUGUAGCAGUCUUGUGGGGUUUUUUUUAUGUUAAUAAUACAUUUGUGAUUUAUAGACCAUAAGCAAAUAGGAGAAUAGAAAUAUAAUAAAGGCUAGUUUUAAUGUGGUGGUUUCAA